GAAUUUUCUACCGUUGCGGGAGCGGAAUUGUCUUCGCGUGCCUGGCUUGUGAUGUGUCUUCGCAAGGGUGUUCAACUAUGGACGGUGGCGGAAGGGUGGAGGCGGAAGUGAGGACACUGUCACACCGUGAGAAGACCAUGGUCGCCAGUGCUGUCCUCGCGGUCUGUCGAUACAUGGAGACGGGGAACGGAUUACGGCGGGGGGGUGGGAAGGGAAACGGGAGGAGGGAGGCCGCCAUAGCCCAGGCAUUGGCAGACGUUAUCACCUCGUGUGGCGUGUCGGAUGCGCCAUUCCUGAUGUCGAACGCAAUUAUUGCGGGUGUUCGGCAAAGGGACACUCCGCGGUGGUGGAUGAAAAGACGGACUCGGGGGACAUGGUCGGACUUGGAUAUCACGGACGAUGCCACCGAUGACUAUUUCCACGACAAACUACGAAUGUCACGGAGCAUCUUCAGCAACAUCGUCGCAGCGUGCAGUCCCUUCAUCGAACGUAGACUGACACAUUACCGAGAGCCUUUGCAGCCCGACCUCAUCCUCGCCUUCGCUCUGUACAGGUGGGCUUCGGGCGAGACCUUCGAGAGCGCGUCUUCCAGCUUCAGCAUUGGCAGGGCGUCGAGAUUGAAGGCUGUCAUGGACGUCACUAACGCAAUAUUGGUUGCGUAUCCCGACAAGAUUGCCAUGCCUACUGGACGUCAUCUGCUGCAGGUGACCCACGCUUUAGGAGCGAAGGGCUUCCUUAAUUGCUUUGGCGCUAUCGAUUGCACGCAUGUGUACGUUGACAAGCCUGCCAACGCACCGUCAGAGAACUACUACGACUGGAAACAACAGUUCUCGGUCGUCGCCAAGGUUGUGGUGGACCUCGACAUGAGGAUUCUUGAUGUGUUCAUGGGGUACCCGGAGCGUCCAUGACCAAUGGGUGUUGAGAAACUCAUCUCUGUUUCGAUACGCGGAGGCGGGUGAGCUAUUCAACGCGGAACCGUUGCAGC